AUGCACCGAAGGCAGGGGAGAGUCAAUGCUGGACUCCUUUUGCUGCUUUAUCAAAUUUCUCAAGUUGGACUCCAGAACAUUCCUUCUGUAACCCUGGGCGUACUUGCACUGAAUAUUUUUCUCUUUCUGAAUCCUGUGAGCCCACUGCAUGAAGUGUGUAUCAGUGUACAUGAAGGCUUCUACAGAAAGAACUGGCAGCGUUUACUGCUUUCUCCUGUCCACCAUGCAGAUGACUGGCAUUUAUAUUAUAACAUGAUUUCCAUGCUUUGGAAGGGGAUAAUGCUGGAAAAAAAGCUUAAGAGCAUAUGGUUUGCAUACAUAAUUGCAGUAUUUUCAGUGCUGAUUGGAGUUGUUUAUAUGGUGCUGGAAUUCAUGCUUGUGAAAAUUCUGGAUGAUCCUUUGUAUGAAAGGAAUUGUGCUGUAGGUUUUUCAGGAGUCUUGUUCGCUUUGAAAGUUCUUAACAACCAUUACAAUCCAGGAAGAGUCAGCAACGUCCUUGGAUUUCAGAUACCCAGUAAAUAUGCUUGUUGGGUGGAGCUGGUAGCUAUUCAUUUAAUCUCCCCAGGGACUUCUUUUGCUGGGCAUCUGGCAGGCAUUCUUGUUGGAUUGAUGUACACUAUGGGACCUCUGAAAAACAUCAUGAAAGCCUGUGCAGGUGGCAUUUCUUCAUUCACUGACCCUGCCAGGCCAAGGGACUACAAUUCAG